GACGGACGGAAGUACGGACAGCCUGACAUCCCAGCCCGCCACCUAGCCGGCCUGCGCCUGGCCACUUCCCCUCCCCAGCGCUUCGCCAUCCAGCGGCAACUAGGCAGGGGCACAGGAGACCCUGCCCCGCCCUGCCCUGGAGGUUGCCAGCUGAGGGGAAGAAGAAGGGAAUCACCAUCCGGGUACCACGUCAACCAUGCGGCCCCUGUGGCUCCUUGCGGCUCUGCUGGCCCUGGGCCAGGCCCUGCCCUUCGAGCAGAAAGGCUUCUGGGACUUCGCCCUGGACGACGGGCUGCUCAUGAUGAAUGAUGAAGAGGCUUCGGGCGCCGAAAGCACCUCGGGCGUGCCCGACCUGGACGCCCUCACGCCCACCUUCAGCUCCAUGUGUCCUUUUGGGUGCCACUGCCACCUGCGGGUUGUUCAGUGCUCUGACCUGGGUCUGAAGACGGUGCCCAAGGAGGUGUCGCCUGACACCACACUGCUGGACCUUCAGAACAACGACAUCUCCGAGCUCCGCAAGGACGACUUCAAGGGCCUCCAGCACCUCUACGCCCUCGUCCUGGUGAACAACAAGAUCACCAAGAUCCACGAGAAGGCCUUCAGCCCGCUGCGGAAGCUGCAGAAGCUCUACAUCUCCAAGAACCACCUGGUGGAGAUCCCGCCCAACCUGCCCAGCUCUCUGGUGGAGCUCCGCAUCCAUGACAACCGCAUCCGCAAGGUGCCCAAGGGCGUGUUCAGUGGGCUCCGCAACAUGAACUGCAUCGAGAUGGGCGGGAACCCCCUAGAGAACAGUGGCUUUGAACCUGGAGCCUUUGAUGGCCUGAAGCUCAACUACCUGCGCAUCUCAGAAGCCAAGCUCACUGGCAUCCCCAAAGAUCUGCCAGAGACCCUGAAUGAACUCCAUCUGGACCACAACAAAAUUCAAGCCAUCGAGCUGGAGGAUCUGCUCCGAUACUCCAAGUUGUACAGGCUGGGCCUGGGCCACAACCAGAUCCGGAUGAUUGAGAACGGGAGCCUGAGCUUUCUACCCACCCUGCGGGAGCUUCAUCUAGACAACAACAAGCUGUCCAGGGUGCCUGCUGGGCUGCCCGACCUCAAGCUCCUCCAGGUGGUCUAUCUGCAUUCCAACAACAUCACCAAGGUGGGUGUCAACGACUUCUGCCCCGUGGGCUUCGGGGUGAAGCGGGCCUACUACAACGGCAUCAGCCUCUUCAACAACCCCGUGCCCUACUGGGAGGUGCAGCCGGCCACCUUCCGCUGCGUCACUGACCGCCUGGCCAUCCAGUUCGGCAACUACAAAAAGUAGAAGCCGCAGCAGCUGCCAUGGUAGCCUCGCUGGGGUCUCUGGGGAGCGAGGCCAGAGGUCCUGAAGGAGGAAGGCAAAGCAAGGGAGCUCCUGCCUGGCUGCAUCCAACCCAGCGCCUCCCCUGCGUUCCCAGUUUACCGCCCCCUUGUGGCCUCUGUCUGCCGGGCCACUCUUCCUGAGAGUGGCUACAAGGCACGGGCCCCUCGGCUGCCCAACUGCCCCCGCUCACGCACCACAGCCACUCAGAGGCGCCCCUGCCAAGCUUCCCCCUCUCACCCUGAAAUCCACCUGUCCCAGGCGGCAGUCCUAGGACAAUGGUCCUCCCGCUCAUCUACCCAAGCUGGGCACCUUGCUCUAGCGGCCCCUAGACCAGCGUCUCUCUCCCUCUCCAUCUCUGUCUUGUGCUAGAUCUUUUCUCCUUUCUGGGUUUGCUAAUCUGUUCCCCUGCAUCUUUCUGGACCUGGCUUCAUUCUCUCUCUCUCUCACUCUCUCUCACUCUCUCUGUCUCAGUCUCCCUCUUACUCUCACACACACACCGUGAUCGACCCUUUGCCUUGUGGUGGUUCUGCUUUCUGUCUUCCUGGCCUCUGCCCAGCCCGGUCCAAGCCAGCCCGGGGGCAACUGCCUCCCCAGCUUGCCCCUCCCAUUCCUUGCCCCGAGCCCAGACAGCCUUGGAAGAGGUGGGAAGGUGGGGGCCCAACAUCCCGCCAGAGUCCCAAGCGGUGGUUCCCGUUGGCUGCCCCCCCACCCCGCCCGCCCUGCCAUGGUGGCAGAUCCUCCUCCUCGUCUCUGGGCCCUGCUUGGUGGGAGGGAGCCUCACCCCCAGCUCGAUGAGGCCAUGCUUCUGAGGUCGGCUGUUGUCUUUCAAUUAAAGAAACACUGUGCAAGCGG